GAGAUUUCGAUCCGCAGAGGUUUUUUGUUAAUUUUGACUGAGGAAAAUUUCUUAAAUUAGGGUUUUUGAAUUUGAUCUCAUUCUAAAGAUGAAAGCUUCGAUUGAGAAGUUAAGGAGGUUAACAUCGCAUUCGCAUAAGGUCGAUGGUAAGGAUAAAGGAGAGACUGUGGCUACAACACAAAUUGACGAACUCGCUCGUGCCGGGAAGGAUAUGCAAGACAUGCGAGAUUGUUAUGAUAGACUACUCGCUGCAGCAGCUGCCACGGCUAAUAGUGCUUACGAGUUUUCUGAGUCACUGGGAGAAAUGGGUUCUUGUUUGGAGCAAAUUGCGCCUCAUAACGACGAAGAAAGCAGUAGAAUCUUGUUUAUGCUAGGUAAAGUUCAGUCUGAGCUUCAGAGACUUCUUGAUACAUAUCGUAGUCAUAUAUUCAAAACUAUUACAUCGCCAUCAGAGGCGCUUCUCAAGGACCUCAGAACUGUUGAGGAUAUGAAGCAACAGUGUGAUGAGAAGAGGACUGUGUUUGAAAUGUCGCUAGUGAAAGAUAAAGGAAGGCCUAAAAGUAGUAAAGGAGAGAGACAUAUUCCUCCUGAGUCUCGACCUGCCUACAGUGAGUUUCAUGACGAAGCAACAAUGUGCAUCUUUCGAUUGAAAUCUCUUAAAGAAGGACAAGCUCGUAGCCUCCUUACUCAAGCAGUCCGUCACCACACUGCUCAGAUGCAUUUGUUCCACACUGGACUGAAAUCGCUUGAGGCAGUUGAGCGUCGUGUAAAAGUUGCUGCACUGAAUCAACACAUUGAUUGUGAUCUAUCUGUUCAUGGGAACGAAGUGGAAGCUAGCGAGGAUGAUGAUGAUGGUGAUGGCCGAUACAUGAACAGAGAAGGAGAACUGAGUUUUGAUUACAGAAAAAAUGAGCAGAAGGUCGAAGCUGCUUCUCUCUCUACACCAGGGGGCUCAGUGAAGGUGGAUGAUACAGACCUGUCGUUUCCUCGCCCUUCUGCAAUACGACCAGCAGCGGUAUAUGCUGAUCAUAGAGAAGAAUAUCCAGUUUCAACUCGCGAUAAGUAUUUGAGCAGCCAUUCAGCUCCGCUGUUCCCAGAAAAAAAACCUGAUGUAUCAGAGAGGUUGAGACCGGCGAAUCCAUCUUCUAAUGCCUACGUAUUACCAACACCAAACGAGUCAAGGUACCCUAAACCAGCUUCCCAAGCUUUAAAUCCGAGGCCAGUAAACCACAGUGCCGGAAACAUAUGGCAUUCAUCUCCGUUGGAGCCGAUAAAAAGCGGGAAAGACGCAGAAAACAACAACCUAUACGGCCGGGUCCCUCGCCCUGCUACAACAGACACGCAUCAUCAUCAGCAACUGCAAGCAGCAGGAAGACAUGCAUUUUCUGGACCACUGAAACCGUCCUCAACAAAACCCAUCACCACCGCGGACAGUUACUCAGGCAUGUUUUGUCCUCUCCCGACUCCUCCAGUGCUCCAGCCUCAUCCUCUUCCAUCAUCUUCUCCAAGAGUCUCCCCUACAGCUUCACCUCCUCCUGGUUCUUCCCCGAGGCUCAACGAGCUUCACGAGCUUCCAAGGCCCCCAGGCCACUUUCCACCACCUCCAAGACGAGCGAAAUCCCCGAGUCUGGUUGGUCACUCGGCACCUCUAACCGCAUGGAACCAAGAAAGAAACACCGUCACUGUUGCUGCUCCAUCCGCCACCAACAUUGUAGCCUCCCGGCUUCCGAUUCCUCCCUUGGUCAUCCCUAGAAGCUACUCUAUACCUUCAAGAAACCAGAGAGCUGUUUCUCAACGGCCGGUCGAAAGGAGCGAUGGUAGCGUAGCAGUAGCAUCCCCACCGUUAACACCAAUGAGCCUGUCUCGGCCACUUCCUCAAGCCACGGGAGUUGCUCAGACCAGUCAAAUCAGAGGUUAUUAAUCAUGCAGGAGUAGGAAAGCUGAUCGAACGAUGAAGCUGCCGCUGGUUGUACAAAAUUCAGAGAUCUUCCAUAAGUGAAUAUAGAGAGAAGUCCCUUAAUAUGUAUUUAUUCUUUAGUUGGUUAAUCUCGUUUCUAGGUUUCUUUUUAAUCCAUUGUAAAUCUGAAGCCUCUGUUCUUCAUUCUCAAUCCUUUCUUCUUUAUUACA